CUUAUACUCAGUCAGUCAGUUUAGAACAGUCUGUGCUGAGAUUAAACAUGGUGAAGAACAGGCGGGGGCCCGUGACUUACGCUAAAAUGAAGGGGAUAGUGUCCUACUUCGCUGCUUUAAUUAAAGAGAAGAAGUUUGGAUCUACAGACCUGCUGCAGAAGUUUGGGACCAGUCAUCCAGUCUAUGAGCAUUCCAGUAUGGACUCUGAGUGUUUUCUGAGGCCAGAGGGCAGUGUCUGUGACGAGGCCGGAGCAGCUGCUCUGUGUUUCACCAAUUCAGCACAGGAGCUGGAAAGGGGGCGGGCUUCAGCAGCGGAUUUCGAUUACUUGAAGGUGAUUGGGACAGGCAGUUUUGGAAAGGUCCUACUGGCCAAGCACAGGGACAACAAUAGGUACUAUGCAGUCAAAGUUUUACAGAAGCACAUCGUCUUUAGAAAAAAAGCGGAAGAACACAUUAUGUGUGAACGGAGUGUGUUACUGAAGACUGUCAAUCAUCCAUUCCUGGUGAGACUUCACUUCAGCUUUCAGACCAAAGAAAGGCUGUACCUAGUGAUGGACUACGCUGGUGGUGGAGAGCUCUUCUACCACUUGCAGAGAGAGCGUGCAUUUCUGGAGCCUAGAGCCAGAUUCUAUGCUGCGGAAAUUGCCAGUGCUCUUGGAUACCUGCAUUCUCUGCAUAUUGUCUACAGGGACCUUAAACCAGAGAACAUCUUGCUGGAUAAUGAAGGCCAUGUAGUCCUAACAGACUUUGGCUUGUGUAAAGAGGGCAUAGCCGGACGUGCAACCACCAGAACCUUUUGUGGAACCCCUGAAUAUCUGGCCCCUGAGGUUCUCCAGCAGCGGGAGUAUGAUCGGACCGUGGACUGGUGGGGGCUGGGAGCCGUGCUGCAUGAAAUGCUGUAUGGUCUGCCACCUUUCUACAGUGCUGACCGCAUGUUGAUGUUAAGCAACAUCAUGUUUCAGCCGCUGGUUCUUAAGGAUGGAGUUUCCAAAGCUGGAAGAGACCUUCUCAAGAGGCUGCUGAACAGAGACAGAGCUAAGAGACUUGGAGCAAAACAUGAUGUGGCAGAGCUGCAGCAUCACUCAUUCUUCUCAUCUAUCCAGUGGGAUGACCUUGUGGCAAAGAAACUCCGGCCUCCCUUCAUCCCCUUACUGUCUGGCCCUGAUGACCUGACAAACAUUGACCCUGCCUUCACAAAUCUUCCUGUACCACCGUCACUGGGUGUAUCUGAGGAGGCCGGGACAACGUUCCCUGGUUUCAGUUACAUGAGUUAAAUGUCUCUUCACUGACCACGCAGACCAGUGGACGCUGAGCUGAGACACUUUAAACCCUACAAACAAACCAGCAGACAUUUCACCAGAAUGUGAAGCAAAUCUUACUGUACUGAAAGUGCCUAAUGGAAUGUGAUGAUUGUUCCUCAGAUUGGAUAUUGAUUCUCAUGUUUGAAUGUUUAUUUAAACACACAUUUACUGAGUUUUUUAUUUAUUUUAUUAUUUUUGGACCACUGUGCUUGCACACCAGUACUGUUUUCACUGUCUUCCUAGUACUUCUUAGAUCAAUCCAACAUUUAUAACAGUUUGAUUUGUACUUUAUAUUCUUUAUACUUUCGUAUUUUUCAUGUUUCAACGAGGAAAAAUAAUGCAAAAGGAUGUUAACUAUAAAAUGUAAUUGCAUAUAUAUGAUAUGUAAGUGUACGUUUGGUUUAGAGGGUAUAUUACAGUGUUAGAAUAUACAUGAAAAAGUAAAGCAGUGAUAACAUGCUGGAUGUAAAUUGAUUGAAGAUAAUUAUAUUACCUUAAGUUUUUUAAAUCUUGAAGAUGUAUUUUUUUUUUGCCUGUAUCACAAACAGAACUUUUGUUUUAUAAUAUUUGUAAGAGUUUCCGUUUACACAAUUGAUUAUAUAAUGUAUUGUCUGUAAUUUGUUUUUAAAUAUAAUUUGAUGUCACAAAGUUCUAAUUUCUAAAAUGAUCUUCUUAAAAUCCUAGAUAAAUACUGCUUUUUAGAGUUAAAUGUAUGUUGGGGUGUGGCUGUUAGGGGCCCAGCCACUAUGAGUGGGCAUAGGAGAUUAAGUGUUCAGCUCAGGUAACAGGACAUGAGUAAAUAACAUAUUUGUCAAAGUUUGAUGCACCUUAAAGAGCAAAUAUUGUUGAUCUCUUAACCCUGAUUGUUACUGAGUAAUGUACAUUUAAAUGAUUAGCUACUGUUCCAUGCUUUUUAUUCGUGUGCAGAACCUACCUAUCUGUGUGUACCUGCAUUUUACCACUUAGCAGAAAAAAAUGCAUACUGAAUAUGCUGCUGUAAUUUUCAUAUUAUACAAAUGCUGAAUUAGACCAGGGUUGGGGAACAGGGGCUAGAUGUCAAACACAGUUCAAGCGGGUAAAUCUCCAAGGUGUAGCAAUCUAACUCUCCAGGACCAGAGUUCCCCACUCAUGGAUUAGACUUUUUGGCCUUCAGGCCCUCCUCAGAAGUUCAUAUUUACAUCAAGGCCCUUGUAAGCAGGAUGUGAUUUGUAUUGAAGUUUGGUUCACUCUGGGAAAAAUGGGUUUUUGUUUACUUUAUUCUGUCACUAAAGAUUGGUUUAGAUUUUUAUUUUUCAUUACUGCAACACAAUAAAGAGCAGAUGAUAAACAUUUUAAA